CCCAUAAACAGUCUGUGGAGGGAGCUGAAGCUUCGAGUUGCCAAACAUCAGCUUCCAAACCUGAAGGAUGUGGAGAAGAUCUGCAGAUCAUACAUAUAAAUAUAUGUGUAAACGUUUGGAACAGGAAGUGAUGCAGGAGAGAGAGCAGAGGGCGAGCGAGACGCUGCUGAGAGAAAGGGGCGGAGCUCUGGAGGUCCGACGGCAGCUGGAGGCGGAGCUACAGGUGCUACGAGCCAAUCACAGCUCUCAGGACCUCCUCACCCCUCCUCCCUCGCUGGUCGGUGUCUCUCCACUGGCUCUUCAGGCCCCGCCCCAGCCCCCUCAGGCUCCCCCCCUGCAGGUGCAGGUGCAGCAGCUGUCGAAGGAGAAGCAGAGCGUGGAGGCGGAGCUGCAUCGCUGUCAGGAGGCGGAGCGAGAGGCCAGUGAAAGAGUCCACAGGUUGGAGCGUCUGGUGGAGGUUUUGAGGAAGAAGGUCGGGACAGGAAGUGUCCGAGCCGUCAGCUGAUCUUCAGAUGUUUCUUUAGUAAAAUUAUGAUUAUUUCUGUGUAUUUCUUUUCUCUUUAUUCUAAAUAAAUCUUUACAGCCUUAAAGUUCAUGAAAACAUGAAACAUUUGAAGUGAUUUUCUAAUGUUUUUGUCAUAUUUUGCACUAAAUAUGAAGUUUAUGAUUGAGUGCUUUCUUUUUUUCUUCAUUUGGUGUUGACAUGAAAUAAAGUGUUUAAAUAAAUGUUAAUUACAUUCACAG